AUGGUUAAGAUCAUCAGGCUUUUAGGUUUUAUUUUUUUUCUGAUAAUUCAGUACAGUACUGUAAAUGGGAGAAUCCAUCGUCAUAAGUUUGUGGUGAAAUCAUCUUCAUAUACUCGACUAUGUAAUACAAAGGAAAUCCUGACAGUAAAUGGAAAAUUCCCAGGGCCAACUUUGAAAGCCUAUAGAGGCGAUAAACUCACAGUAACAGUCUACAACAGAGCAAAAUACAACAUCACUCUUCACUGGCAUGGAGCGAGACAAGUAAGAAAUCCAUGGUCAGAUGGGCCAGAAUAUAUCACACAGUGCCCUAUUCAGCCAGGAGGAGAGUUUGAGUACAGAAUCAUUUUGAGUAGAGAAGAAGGAACAAUAUGGUGGCAUGCUCAUAACAGUUGGGCAAGAGCAACAGUUCAUGGAGCCUUCAUUAUUUAUCCAAAGCCUGGAUUUCACUAUCCCUUCCCCAAGCCUCAUGCUGAGAUUCCAAUUCUACUAGGAGAGUGGUGGAAGAAAAAUGUGAUGGAAAUACCAGGAGAUGCAAAUAUAACAGGAGGUGAGCCAACUCUGUCAGAUGCUUUUACUAUCAAUGGAGAACCAGGAUAUUUGUAUCCCUGCUCCAUAAAAGGAACCUUUAAAAUGAUGGUGGAGCAAGGAAAAACCUAUCUGCUUCGGAUAGUUAAUGCAGUAAUGGACGAAAAUCUAUUCUUUGCGAUCGCAAAACACAAGCUGACUAUAGUAGGAAAAGAUGGGAGUUAUUUGAAACCAUUUACAACAGACUAUCUAAUGAUCACCCCUGGCCAAUCCAUGGACGUGUUGUUUGAAGCAAACCAACCUCCCAGCCACUAUUCCAUGGCUUCUAGGGCAUACUCGAGUGCUUUUGGGGCAGGUUAUGACAAUACAACAACAACAGCCAUAAUACAAUAUCAUGGCAUUUAUCAACCACCAAAAUCUCCUCAUUUCUCCCCUCUUCCUCCAUAUAAUGCAACUCGAGCAUCUGCAGACUUCACUAAGCAGUUUCGGAGUCCAGGAAAAGUCCAAGUUCCACAAAAAGUUGACACUCAUUUGUUCUUUACAACGUCUGUGAACCUACUGAACUGCAGUACAGAUAAACCUUGCGCAGGUCCCUUCGGUAAAAGGUUUUCAGCUAGUGUGAAUAACAUUAGCUUUGUGACUCCUCCAUCAUUGGAUAUCCUUCAAGCUUACUAUUAUGGAAUUGAUGGCGUUUUUGAGAGGAAUUUUCCUCGUAAACCGCCUAAUGAAUUCAAUUACACUGCUGGUAAUCUCCCAGCCAACUUGUUGACACCAAGUUUCGGUACUAAGGUGAUGGUUUUGGAGUACAAUGCUAGUGUUGAGAUAAUUCUUCAAGGGACAAAUGUGUUGGCUGCUGAUAACCAUCCCAUUCAUUUACAUGGCUAUAGCUUUCACGUGGUUGGAUCGGGCUUUGGAAAUUUUGACCCAACAAAGGAUCCUUCAAGAUAUAAUCUUGUUGAUCCACCUGAGGAGACUACAGUUGGAAUUCCUCAUAAUGGAUGGGUAGCAAUCAGAUUCAGAGCAAAUAACCCAGGUGUGUGGUUACUACAUUGCCAUAUCGAGCGCCAUGUAACUUGGGGGAUGGGUAUGGUGUUUCUGGUGAAAAAUGGAGCUUCUCCUCGAGCUCGAAUUCUUAAACCACCUCCUGACUUGCCAAAAUGUUGA